UAGAUUAAAGCAGAAACACUAAACACUAAAGCAGAAAAGGCAUGUUUCAGUAAAAAGGUCGUGAUUAAAUUCUGCGACACAACAUACAAAGUGCAAUAUUAACUUAAGAACAGUGGAGGGAGCUAUUGUACACUAUUUGUCACAUCUUGUUGGUCACGCGAACAAAUAACUCUGCGCUUGCCGUAACAUGGACUGUACGGAUGUUGAUAGACUUGCGUACAUUUGUGUGAAUGAUAUAACCGUGGAAGCAAGACCGUACAACUAUUGUUAAUGUUUUCAGGCAUAUUCGUAUUUUAAUUUGGAAAUAGAUCAAUAUUUCCGAACACCAGAAUCUAAAUGACGGAAUUCAACAGAGUAGUUUAGCCCUAGCAACUGUAAAGACGUAAGAGUUCUUGUCUUUAGCACUGGCUAGCCAGGUAUAGCCAGCUAACGUGAGUUAAACCAUUAGUUAGAAGUCUGUGGUUCAGUUUGUCAUUUGUAUUUAUAUUUAACGUGACGGUUACGCGCUUUCUGUGCAUCAGUAAUGUUAAAAGUCACAGUUUGGAACGCAGGACUGGUUGUUUUACUGUGGCUACUCCUUGGAGAUUUUGUUGUGGGGUGGUUUCACUACAACAUUAUAAGCAACACGCCACAGAACCAUCAUUCCGAGAAAAGUGCAUCCGACAACGAAGAGCAAAGCUGUUUUUGCCACUUGACUGGCGUUCUGGAUGACUGCUUCUGCGACAUCGAGAGCAUCGAUGCCUUCAACAACUUCAAGCUCUACCCCCUCAUAAGGAAACUCACAGAGAAGGACUUCUUCAGGUAUUACAGGGUGAACCUGAAGCGUCCAUGUCCCUUCUGGGCGGAGGAUGGCCAGUGCUCCAUCAAAGACUGCCACGUGGAGCCCUGCCCGGAGAGCAGGAUCCCGGUGGGCAUUAAGUCGGGCAACUACAACAAGUACUCCAAGGUGGUAAACACGGAACUGGGGGACCUGUCGGAUUGUGAGCAGGCUCAGAAUCUGGGCGCCAUAAACAGCACGCUCAGCAACCAGAGCAAAGAGGCGUUUGAAGACUGGACUCGUCAUGAUGACGCCCAGGACCACUUCUGUGAGCUGGAUGAUGACACGGCUCCUGAUACGGAGUAUGUGGAUCUGAUAUUUAACCCAGAGCGCUACACGGGCUACAAAGGCCCCUCGGCCUGGAGGGUGUGGAACAGCAUCUAUGAGGAGAACUGCUUCAAGCCCAGAUCAGUGUACCGGCCUUUAAACCCCCUGACUCCCAGUCGAGGGGAUGAUGAUGGUGAGGGCUUUUAUAACUGGCUCGAAGGCUUGUGUCUGGAGAAGAGAGUGUUCUACCGCCUCAUCUCCGGCUUGCACACCAGCAUCAACAUCCACCUGUGUGCCGAUUACCUGCUGGACGAGGGGUGGGGGAAGGAGUUGUGGGGCCCCAACGUGCAGGAGUUCCGUCGGCGCUUUGACCCCGCGGAGGCCAAGGGUGAGGGCACGCGUCGGCUGAAGAACCUCUACUUCCUCUACCUCAUCGAGCUGCGCGCCCUCUCCAAGGUGGCGCCCUACUUCGAGCGCGCCUUCGUCAACCUGUACACGGGCAACAUCCGCGAGGACCUCACCACCAAGGAGCUGCUGCUGCGGAUCUUCAACGAGACCAGAGCGUUCCCCAUGCACUUUGACGAGAAGUCCAUGUUUGCAGGACACAAGAUAGAGGCCAAAAUCCUGAAGGAGGAGUUCAGGCUGCACUUUAAGAACAUCUCUCGCAUCAUGGACUGCGUCGGCUGCAGUAAAUGUCGCUUAUGGGGGAAGCUACAGACGCAAGGACUGGGAACUGCCCUGAAGAUUCUCUUCUCGGAGAAGGAGAUUAAGAACCUUCCGGAGAACAGCCCCUCCAAGGGCUUCCAGCUGACCCGACAGGAGAUCGUAGCCCUGCUCAACGGCUUCAGCAGAUUAUCCACAAGCAUAAAAGAGUUGCAUAACUUCAGAACCCUGCUGGACGAACACAGGUAACAAUGGUCACCCUGGCCAACAGGUGGCGCCAUCUCCCCUCCUCUCUCUGUCCCCAGAAACACUGCAAUAGUCUUACCCAUCCCCCCCCCACCACAUCUCACCACUCAUCCAAACACGCGAAAGGCCACUUUCAGGGACUUGCAGGAUUGACGUCUAAGAAGAAUGGUUAAAUAAUAACUACAAUAACGAUAAAACAAGCAAAAAAUUAAGAAAGAAAAAAAAACAAGCACCCAACCAACCAAAUCACCACCACGCCACGUGAGGUUGGCGUUUGGUCCUCGUCAUGUGUCUUGCCCGCUCUGGUUACGGGAUGCCCGCAAGGCUGCCGCUGUCUGUACCCGCUGUGUGUACCCGCUGUGUGUACCCGCUGUGUGUACCCGCUGUGUGUACCCGCUGAUGUGUUGGUGGCUGCUCCAUGCCUGCUGCGUAGCUGCUGUGCUGAUGAAAAAAAGCCUCCCUUACAAAUAGCGCUCGGGCUGCUCAUAGAAGACUGUGAUAAGGAACAACAACAACAACAA